AUGGCCGGAGGGCAGGAUCAUCAGUCAGCCAGAGGGGCUGGACUGCGCAAUACUUUGCAGUUCGUAUGGAAGAACAAGGGCAAGCAGAUUGGGAAUCGAGAAUGGUUCAUCAGGACGGUGAUCAUUGAAGGUUUAAGGGUGGACCCAGGGCAUGUUUACUGCCUCCAGCGGAACACAGCUGCAGAGGGGUAUGAUCUUUCACUGAACAGCCAGGCCUUGUACAGGCGGUGUAUGGAUAUUUGCAAAGAGAAGGCAACGAGCGAGCCUUUUUCGAAUUUCCAGGUUUUCCCCUUGUGCCGGUUGGAUUUGAAGAUCAUAACUGUGCACAUGUACAAUCCCUAUGUGGGGGAUGACAGCAUCGGUGCGUUUCUAGGUCGGUUUGGGAAAGUGAGUCCCGGAGUACGAUAUCUAAGGGAUGGGUACGGGAUAUGGUCGGGAAGGAGGCAGUUCCGGGUCGUACUGAACAGGGAUCCGGAAGGAGUCGAUAAGCUGGUUCACCCACCAGCCUAUUUCUCCAUUGGUGCGGACCGGGGGUACCUGUUUUAUUCAGGCCAGCCAAGUUUUUGCAGACACUGCCGCAGCUUUGGCCACUUGGCCACGGGGUGCACCCUGCUGAAGUGCAGAAACUGCGGGAAGCCAGGUCAUGGGGCAGCCAACUGCAGGGAGGCCCGAGUCUGCAAUGGCUGUGGGAAGCAGGGCCACAUUUUCAAAGAUUGCCCAAAGAGACAACGGACCUAUGCGGAUGCAGCCGGCGAUGGCCUCGUGGUAGAUGCUGCGAACUCUCCUCUACGGCCAAUAGAGGAGGUUCUCAAGGAAAUUAGAGCGGUCGCAGAUGAGAUGGGAAAAGCUCCAGGGGGAAGUGCAGCAGAGGAGGUCCAGACGACGGAGACCUUGGAGGAGAUGGAGUUGCUGACGGGCGCCUGGGAGGAUAGUCCGCUGAGCGAGAUGUCAGACGACUCUGCUACACCCACCCGUUCGCGGAAGAUGAGGUCGAGUUCGGCUGGCGGGGCAACUGGAUCGGCAUCUUCAGGCAAUGAGCAGUCAAGUUUGGAGUAUAAGGGGAAAAGGAGGAAGAGGAGGAGGGUCACUGACAGGGGGUUGGUGGAAGAACACAGGAGGCCAUCGGUGGCCGUCUCCAACCGGUUUGCAGUACUGAACCCUGAUACCGGGGAUGAAGGGUUGGAGGUAGGGGUCGAGAUCCAGGAUCCAGGGUCAUUGAAGGCUCCUGCACUGGAGGUCUCUGAAGCCUCGAUAGGGAGCACUGGAGAUAAGGUCCAAGGGUCUUGUUUGGGUCUGGCAGUUUCCGGGAAGGGCGCCUCAGGGGUGGACACCGAUCCUGAGGAGGUUUCGAUGGAAUGUGCACAGGUGUUGCCCGGGGGAGACUGUUCUUCCAGCUCUGGGGAGGGAUCGCUGGUCUGUGGACAGGUACCAACCCGUGUAGACUCAUCUUCCAGUCCUGAACGCUCGUUUGUGGCGCCGGGCACGCUGAACAGUGACCUCUAUCUGGAAGAGGUGAGUGGUUCGGGGAUGGGGGAGGGUCCUGUAUGA